AGCUCUCCUUUUCACAUGCAUGAAUCCCAUGAAAGAAAUAAGAGGAGAGAAGCCAGGCUGAGGGGGGCAGAGACUGGACAGUUCCCUUUAACUUUGGAAUCUGCAUGUGGUUCCAGUUUCAUCAGACACUCACUAAACAGACACCCUGAGCACCAGAUUCAUCCAAGCUUUGGGAAUUUGCUUUGCACACAGGACCAGGUGAGAUGGGGGACUGAUAACACAGUAUGAGAAAAUCAAGGAGCACUGGCUACUGGAGUUAGCAUUUUAACUAACUGAGCCGUGGAAGGCAACUUGAUGCAAGACGGCAUUGAUCAGAGAGUGGGUGCUUUGCCCGCCCAGAAGAACCACGGGAGAAAGGGGAGUGGAUCCUCAGAAGAAACUACAAGUACAAGAAGAGUUAAGUUGCAGACAUCUUUCCCUCCUAUUCACCUCAGUCUCAUUUCCAGUUCGAAGCCGCUGGACAAAAAACAUAAGGAUUAUGCCUCCAGUCUGGAUAUUUCUAGAGAUGUAAGAGGGGAAAAAAUCAAUCUGCCUCAAGUGGAGAACGGAUCAGAGAACAUUCCAAAAACUGUGAAAACAUUCCCUGAAAAAUUCAAAUAUACCAAGGAUUACGGAUGCAAUAUCAGCUCACUGGCAAGUACCCCGCCCUUGCCCUAUAGUAGCCAGAAAGACUCCAGAACUGACAGACAAACAAGGUUAGAGGUUCCGGUAACAAAGUGCACCACCGACAGGCUGUCACCAGACACGGCCAAACUCCCAGAAUGCCCACUGUGCAAAAAUGAACGGCGAAUCAGAAAUGAUUAUGAUAAAGUCAUCUUGCAAUCAAAAAAGGAAAAGGAGGUCCUGCAACAAAAAGUCUCCCAACUGGAAGCUGAAUUGGAAAAACUGGAUGAUUUUGCCAAGUGGAUGAGGAAAAGAGAAGGAGAUGUGCUGCCGGUGUCUUCGGAACAGGAGCAUGACAUUGAAGGCUGCUCUGAUUUGAGAAGCUUGGACAACAUUUACAUGAAUAGAGGGCCAAACGGAAUCAGCUGGGAAGACUACAGACUCCUGCAGGAGAAGAAUAAAGAGAAACAGGAGCAGAUUGAUUGCUACACUUCAGAAAUUGAAGGCCUAAAAGCUCAGCUCAAUAAAAUGCGAGAAGCUGAAAGGGAACAGGAACAGUUAUUGAGAAUCAAGCAAAGCACAGUGGCUUUGGACAUAGACAACUUAAAGUCUCAGCUUGAGAAAGCCCAAGAGCACGAGAAGCUGAAAGUCGCAAAUCUGGAGAAUGAGAAGGCAAAUAUCCUUCUGCAGAUGGACAGUAUGAAAGGCGAACUGGAAAAGUUUAAGAAAAGAAGAUCUUUACUCACAGCCGAGCUGCGCAAGGAAAAGGAUGGUCUCUUCAUGGAAAAUGAAAAGCUGAAAGAAUAUGCAGAUAAGAUAAAAGCAGAGAACGCUGCUCUCUCAGAGACUGUGCAGAUUCUCCAGAAAGACUUAGAGAAGAGGUCGGUGGUCUCUUGUUACCCUCCCCAGGUCUACACGGCAGGGGCUGAAGUCCUGCUCAUCACACACAGAUCUUCAACAGAAAAUGUCCGCGCCGUUGGGACAGAAUAUCAAUACCAAGAAGUGUGCGGCUGUGGGAGAACCCAUCAGAAUGUGAGUUUAACCUCUGCUAAAGGUGCCCUGACUCAGGCGCAAGAAGAUGAAGUGAGAAUAAAAGAACUGUAUAAGCAGAUGAAGCGGGAAAGGAACCUUUUACUGGAUGUCAUGGUGAUCAUGUACACGAGGCGCUGGUUUGUGGAAGAAGCCGUCCCACACGUGAAGAGGGCCCUGAGGAAAUGUGGUGCUUUCUCCGAUGAUGUGGAAUUAGAUAUGGGACGUUAAUGAUAUUUAUUGCUGCGGGUGUGGGUAUGAGGCAGGGCAGGGAAGUGUUCCUGUUUGUUUAGCAGACUCAAUGUAUGUGUGUGACACGCAGGAAUACAAUGCUGCUGUUGUUAUUACUGAAGCCCAUGGCUCCUCCCCCUGCGCUGCUUUAAGCUUUUGUGUAAGUGACGAGUGAUGGGAUUAGAAGAAAGAAGCGCCGGGACUUUUCCCACUUACACACAUUCUCUCACCAAAUAAAAACAACUUCAUUGUGGAAUGAUCAUGUGACCUGUGAAUCAGUUGCACCCGUUGUUCUCAUUACAGAGACACAUCGUUAUCAGGUUUAACCCUCUACUUACACUGAGGGUCAGGGCACAUGGGCAGAUUCGGGGAGAUUAGUUCCCCCCAGCGAUAAUCUCCCCGAACUGCCUUCCCGCCGGCUAUAAUGAAAAAUCGCCAGCGGGAUGGCACUCGCGUCGCCCGAAGUAAAGGUCAUUGACAGUAAUUAAAUGCACAACUUGCUAAAACUGUUUUGCGAAAAUUUUCUCUGCCACUAUAGUCGUGGCGUAACUGAGAAGAACAUUUAUCAAAGGUCGAAAUUUCGAGUUUUUAAAAACUGCAAUUCAGCAGAUUUUAGGUGGUCAAAUUUGAGCUCUUAAAGGGCCAGUGUAUGAUA